AUGGGGGACUCAUCAUCAUCUAAGACCAAGCCAGAUGAGCAACCUGAGAGGACCAGCAGCAGCGACACAGGUCGCACUGGGAGGAUUGUAGCUGGAGUCAGGUGGGCGGCGGUGAUGGAGGAGGUGGUGAGGAAGGCUGCGGAGAAGGAGAAGGCGGGUUGCAGCAGCAAUGAAGUGUCUAAGCAGAGGUUCAGGAAGCUCCAACUGUUUCAUGGACGACACCCCAUCCUCCAAUGUGAAGAUCCAGAUGUUCCACCUCUGAAGCGCAGCAGCAGCUAUGAAUGGCUGCCACCUGACAUGUCUGAGCUGAGGGUUGUUCUGCUGGGGAACAGCUGGUCUGAGAGGAGUUCAGUGGGGAACUUCAUACUGGAAGUGACUGCGUUCAACACUGAGGAAGAACCAGAUCACUGUCUGAGAGUCAGAGGACGGAUGAAAGAGAAAGAAAUAGUUCUGAUCAACACUCCAGAUCUGCUGCUCCCCAACAUCUCUGAAGACAAACUAAGAGAACAUGUAGAAAACUGUGAGAGACUCUCUGAUCCUGGACCUCAUGUGUUCCUGCUGGUUCUACAGCCUGAAGACUUCACUGAGGAACUCAAAGAGAAGCUCUGCAGAGUCCUGAAACUCUUCAGUGAUCAAUCAUUUGAUCAUUCAUUGAUACUGAUAUCAACAUCCAGAGAGGAGAGUUCAGCUUUCAUGGAGAAAGACCAGCCCUUAAAAGACAUGAUCAGAAUGAGUAGAUACAGAUAUCUGUGGCAGAAGAACCUUGAACGUCCAGAACUUUUAACACGUUUGGUUCAAAUUGUAAAAGAGAACAAUGGAGAACACGUUAGCUACGAUGUUUUUGAGGACACAGUAUCUACUUUACCAGGUGAUCAUCAAAGUCCAAAACAGAAGGAAAAACAGACUCCUCUCACAGAUGCUGUUAAAUCUGCUGGGCUGCAUGUUAUUCCAAUCAGUCCACAACCUUCACUCCCAGAGAAAACCCUUCAGACUCACACAUCUGAACUCAGGAUUGUGAUGUUUGGAAAAAGGGAGUACAAAAAGGCAACACUUUGCAAUUACAUCAUUGGGAGCAGAAAGGUUAAAUUCAACAAAAUAAACCCAAACAAGCAGUGUGAGGUCGCCCGUGGUCAGUGGAGAGAACAUCCUCUAACAGUGGUGAAAACUCCAGACAUCUUCAAACUGUCUGAGGAAUCAAUCAGAGAAGAGAUGAAGAGCUGUGUGACUCUUUGUUCACCUGGACCAAAUGUUCUGCUGCUGUUAGUGAAGCCUUCUGAUCUCACUGAGGAGAACAGACGGACACUGAAGUUCACCCUGAGUUUGUUUGGUCGAGAUGCUUUUAAACACUCAAUGGUCAUCAUGACACAUGAUGAGAGAGAAACACGUUCCUGUGUUCAUCAGCUCCUUAAAGACUGUGGAGAGAGAUGGUACAGCAUGUCUGCAGAUGACCAUAGAUCACUAAUGGAGAAGAUUGAGAACAUUGUGCGUGAAAACAAAGGAACCUUCCUCACCUUCACUGAAGAGAUGAAACCAUCUUUAAACCUGGUUCUGUGUGGGAGGACAGGAUCAGAGAAGACCUCAGCAGCCAAGGCCAUUUUAGGUCAGACAGAGCUUCAUUCAGUCUCCAACUCCUCAGAGUGUGUUAAACAUCAGGGAGAGGUGUGUGGACGUUGGGUUUCUCUGGUGGAGCUGCCUGCCUUGUGUGGAAAACCUCAGGAGGCAGUGAUGGAGGAAUCUCUCAGGUGUAUCUCCCUCUGUGAUCCUGAGGGCGUCCAUGUCUUCAUCCUGGUCCUACCUGUGGGUCCCCUCACUGAUGAAGACAAGGGAGAGUUACAGACCAUCCAGAACACAUUCAGCUCUGCAGUCAAUGACUUCACCUUCAUUCUGUUCACUGUGGAGUCAGAUCCUAAAGCUCCAGCUGUUGUUGACUUUGUCAAAGAAACCAAGGAGAUCCAGGAUCUCUGUCAGAGCUGUGGAGGAAGAUAUGUUGUUCUCAACAUCAAGGACCAGCAGCAGAUCCCAGAGCUGUUGGAUUCUGUGGAAAAAAUAAGACUGAAACCCGACCACACCGAACCAUGUUGUUACACAACAGAAAUAUUUGCACAUGCCCAAAUAAAAAAGAUCAGCGCACUACAGACUGAACUGAAGAACCUCAGUACACAAAACAAGGUCACCUGUGAUGAAGAGAAGCAGAGCCCAGAGUGUCUCAGGAUUGUGCUGAUAGGAAAGACUGGCAGCGGAAAGAGCUCCUCAGGAAACACCAUUCUAGGAAGAAAGGAGUUUGAAGCUGAUUUAAGCCAAACAUCAGUCACCAAACGUUGUCAGAAAGCAGAGAGUGAAGUGGACGGUCGUCCCGUCGUCGUGGUCGACACUCCUGGUCUGUUUGACACAACUUUGUCCCAUGAAGAGGUUAAUGAGGAGAUGGUGAAAUGCAUCAGUCUUCUGGCUCCUGGACCACAUGUCUUCCUGCUGGUGUUACAAAUUGGCAGAUUUACACCAGAGGAAAAGGAGACAUUAAAACUCAUCAAGGAGGGCUUUGGGAAAAACGCUGAAAAGUUCAUCAUCAUUCUUUUAACUGGAGGAGAUUCACUGGAGAAAAAGAAACUGUCUAUUCAAGAUUUCAUUAAAGAAAAAUGUGAUGAUUCCUUUAAGAAACUGAUCGCUGACUGUGGAGGAAGGUACCAUGUGUUUGAUAAUGAGAAAGACAACAGAAUGCAGGUCAGUGAGCUGAUCACCAAGAUUGACAGCAUGGUGAAGACUAAUGGAGGCGACUGCUACACUAAUGAGAUGCUGCAAGAGGCCGAGACUGCUAUCAAGAAAGAAAUGGAGAAGAUCCUGAAGGAGAAAGAAGAAGAGAUGCAGAGAGAGAGAGAGGAACUUAAAAGAAAACAUGAAGAAGAAAUGAAAAGAAGGAUGGAAGAACAGAGAGCAGAAACUGAACACGAGAGAAAACUGAGAGCAGAACAACUUGAGGAAAAGGAGAAGAAGAUAAAGAAAGAAUGUGAAGAGAGAAGGAAAGAACAGGAAAUGAGAGAAGAAGAAGACAGGAAGAGAAAACAAGAGGAAGAAAAACUACGACAGGAGUGGAAACAGAAAGUUGAAGCUUUGGAACAAAAAAUAACAUCACAGUCAGAAUCAAAGGAAACCAUCGACAGAAAGCUGGAGGAGAAUAGAGAGAUGAUGAGAAAAGAACGAGACAACUGGGAGACAAAACAAAAAGACUGGUGGAUAAAACGAGAUCAAGAAAAUGAACAGAGACGACAGGAAGAAGAAACAAAACUUAGAGAGCUUGAAGAAAAAUACAAACAGGAAAAAGAAAAUAAUGAAAAGAAAAGAGACGAAGAGGACAGAGUCAGAAGAGAACAAGAAAAAGAGAGAAAAGACAUGGAGGAGGAUCAUAAGAAAAACAUGGAGACUCUGAAGAAGACAUAUGAAGAGGAAGCCAGAAAGAAAGCUGAGGAGUUUAAUGAAUUUAAUGACAAACACAUCAAGGAAUUGAAAAGUCAGAAGGAAGAGCAUGAGGACCAAAUGAAAGACAAAGAUAAGAAAUAUGACAUCUUAAAGGCACUUCAAUCCUACAAUGAUAAAAAACAUCAAGGUGAAAUGUAUGAAGUACUGAAACGUUUCACUAAAAAUGAUAACAAAUCUAUCAAAAGUCAAUGACCUACUGAAGAAGCACGAAGCAAAAAUGAAGAAUGUGAAAACUGAGGAGGAAAAGCAAAAGCUGCAGGAAAAACAUGAAAGAGAAGCAAUUAAGUUGAUGCAGGAAGUUUGGGAUGACGACGCCGGAUUUUGGCAACGUUUCAAUUAUUUGGUUCCAAAAGUGUUUGGUUUCGCUGACUGAAACUUCACGAGUGAAGAGAAUGAUUGCAACGUUCCACGUUAACGUCGUCAGCAGGAGUUGAUAUGUGCCGGAUUACAGCAGUUCUUCAGCUGCAAUGUGACACAUUCUGCUUCAGAAACAUGCAGUGUAUUUACAUUUACAUACAUUCAUUCAUGGCUCACCAGGCUGGAGUCACUGUUUACACAAGACAGUGAAUUAAUCAGAUUGUGUAUCUUGGUUGGGUUGGAUUUCUUUUUUGUGCCAGUUUGUUGUCCUGAAGCUCUUUGGGGGUUCUAAUGCUACAGUAAGUCACCAGCUGACUGAAGAGACUCCUUUUUAGAUUGUUAUAUUUCAAGUUUAUGAAUAUUAGCUGUUCUCAAGCGGAUGAUGAAAGUCGUUGUUUUGAAAAUCCUUUGUUUUUUGAGCUUAGUGAUGUCAUGAAAACUCUUGUUCAGAGCUUACUGGAGAGUAAACCAGGAGGUCAGUCCAGGAGCUGACUGCACAAUGACCUGCUGCUGUAGCUUGGUUUUAUAUUUUAUGUAAUCAAUAUUAUCAAGAUAUAAUGUGAAACCAAUUUGGUUUGUUUUGUAUCUAUUUUCUGUUUGUGUUUUGGGGAAAGCAUUACUCAAAGUUGCUUAUGAAGAUUUGACAAUGAUCUGUCCUGAGGCAGGAUACUUUUUGAUAAUCAAAUACAGCAGUAACAGGAAACGUUCCUUUAUGCAAAUAGAUCAAUGUCAGUGAUGAGCUGAUAUGAAUGAAACCGUCUCUGUUGAUAAAUCCCUCUGGGUCAACUCAAGUAGUCUAACAUUACAUUACAUUACAUUACAUUACAUUAUAUUACAUUACAUUACAUUACAUUAUAUUAUAUUACAUUACAUUACAUUACAUUAUAUUAUAUUACAUAACAUUACAUUAUAUUACAUUAUAUUACAUUACAUUACAUUACAUUACAUUAUAUUACAUUAUAUUACAUUACAUUACAUUAUAUUACAUUAUAUUACAUUACAUUAC